UGUAUAAUGACAGGUCUACCCUUUUGAGUUGGUGGCCCUUUUCCUCUCUCCUCCCCACGAAACAAACGCCAGAAUCUUUCAGUUCACCUCCGCCAUCUUCCAUAUCCGACCCUUUUGGCAUCACCUCAGGAAAGCAAUGGCAUGGAGAGGACACAUUUCAAAGAACAUAAAAGAGCUUCGGAUUUUGAUGUGCCAGUCAUCACCUGCAAGCUCAUCUGCAAGGGCUUUUGUGGAAAAGAAUUAUAAGGAACUGAAGACAUUGAACCCAAAAUUGCCAAUAUUGGUCCGUGAAUGCAGUGGAGUUGAACCCCAAUUAUGGGCAAGAUAUGAUUUGGGUGUUGAGAAAGGCAUUAAAUUGGAAGGCUUGACAGAGACACAGAUCUCUAAGGCAUUGGAAGAUCUGGUGAAAGCAGGAGAGUCUUCGAAAGUUUGAUAUCACUGCUUAUGGAAUACAUGCUCUCAUGCUGCACUUGUUAUGACAGAUUGUCUUGGUUAAAAAUAAGCCAGAUUUUUUCCUUUUGUUCCAAUGAUCUCUGAUACCAGUUAGUCUCUUUCUGCAUGUUAUAAUAAUUUCAACAAUGAACCUGUUAAGUUGGAAGUCCUAGUUUUGCAUGUUGAGCACACUUGUUGGAACUUUACUACGAUUUAAGAACACCGAUUAAAUCUAUAUUAGAUCUGGUUCGUAUAAUUAAUCUUUCUUUAUGGAAGGUUGAUUUGCUAGAGAACUUGGUAAUGUAUUGAGUCGGCUAUGUGGUGUAAGUGUAACCAUGCAUAAACAAAUUUAUAAUAUCUUCUUCAAUAGA